CAUCGCGACACAAUCGGAUCGCGGAGACCUCCGUGAGGGGGCCGGGCCGCUCCUUGCCCGGGGCGGGCCGAGUCCCUUCGGCUUUGCCGGCAUUGUGGUGGAUUAUCGGGGCAAACCGGUCAUCCGCCGCUGACCCUGAGGCGGCACUGCGGCGACGCCGGGACAGCGAGGAGGAGGAGGAGGAGGAGGAGGGCGAAGCCGAGGCAGGGCUGCCGGAGGCGGUGCUACCCCAGCUCCCUAAGCAGGGACCGGACGCUGCGCUGCGGGAGUCAUCAGUUGAGAUGCUUCCGUUGACUGGGAAAACAAUAAUAUUUGAUAGCUUUCCUGACCCUUCAGAUACCUGGGAAAUAAUUGAGACUAUUGGCAAAGGAACUUAUGGAAAAGUUUUCAAAGUAUUAAAUAAGAAAAAUGGCAGCAAAGCAGCAGUCAAAAUCUUGGAUCCUGUUCAUGAUAUUGAUGAAGAAAUUGAAGCUGAGUACAACAUUUUGAAAGCUCUCUCUGAUCAUCCCAAUGUGGUCAAAUUCUAUGGCAUGUACUACAAGAAAGAUGUGAAGAAUGGAGACCAGCUUUGGCUUGUUCUUGAGCUGUGCAAUGGUGGAUCUGUGACUGAUCUUGUGAAAGGAUUUCUGAAGAGAGGUGAAAGAAUGAAUGAACUUAUAAUUGCUUACAUCUUACACGAAGCUCUGAUGGGACUUCAGCAUUUACAUGAAAACAAAACUAUCCACCGUGACAUCAAGGGAAAUAAUAUCCUUUUGACCACUGAAGGAGGAGUCAAGCUUGUGGAUUUUGGUGUGUCUGCUCAGCUGACCAGCACUCGUCUCCGCCGGAACACCUCCGUGGGCACCCCAUUCUGGAUGGCUCCAGAGGUGAUUGCCUGUGAGCAGCAGCUGGAUAGCUCCUAUGAUGCCAGAUGUGAUGCAUGGUCACUGGGUAUUACUGCAAUAGAGCUGGGAGAUGGAGAUCCACCCCUCGCUGAUUUGCACCCUAUGAGGGCACUCUUCAAAAUACCGAGGAAUCCUCCUCCAACACUACAGCAGCCUGAACUGUGGUCAUCUGAAUUCAAUGACUUCAUUAACAAGUGCUUAACUAAAGACUAUGAGAAGCGCCCGACAGUAUCUAGUCUUUUGCAGCAUGAUUUUAUUAAGCAGAUUGAAGGAAAGGAAAACGUGCUACAAAGACAACUUAUGGAAUUUAUUGAUGUUCAUCAACAAAUGGGAGUCACUGAAAAGGCAAGAUUUGAACGUAUUCAUACAAAGAAGGGGAACUAUAGUAAGUCACUAGUUUCAAACCAAGAAGAUGUAGAUGAUUUAGCAACCUUGGAGGUACUGGAUGAGAAUACAGUAACAGAGCAGUUGCAGAAAAGUUAUGCCAAGGAUCAGAUCUACACAUAUGUUGGGGACAUUCUCAUUGCUGUCAAUCCAUUUCGGAACAUAGAUAUUUAUUCUUCACAGCAUUCCAAACUGUAUAUUGGAGCCAAACGGACUGCCAACCCUCCUCAUAUUUUUGCUGUUGCUGACAUUGGUUAUCAGUCCAUGGUGACAUACAACUCUGAUCAGUGCAUCGUUAUUUCUGGGGAAAGUGGAGCUGGCAAGACACAAAGUGCCCAUCUUCUAGUUCAGCAGCUCACUGUCCUGGGCAAGGCGAAUAACAGGACUCUACAGGAGAAAAUCCUCCAGGUGAAUAACCUUGUAGAAGCAUUUGGAAAUGCAGGCACUAUCAUCAAUGAUAACUCCAGCAGAUUUGGAAAAUACUUGGAAAUGAAAUUUACUUGUGGUGGCACUGUAGUAGGAGCUCAGAUUUCAGAGUAUCUCCUUGAAAAAUCCAGAGUUGUCCACCAGGCAGUAGGAGAGAAAAAUUUCCAUAUUUUUUAUUAUAUUUAUGCUGGUCUUGCAGAAAAGAAAAAACUGGCACAUUACAAAUUACCAGAAUACAGACCUCCCAGAUAUCUGCAAAAUGAUCAUUUCAGAAUAGUGCAGGACUUUAUGAACAAUAGCUUUUAUAAGUCGCAGUUUGAAUUAAUUGAACAGUGCUUCAAAGUCAUAGGUUUUACACUGGAGGAACUUGGAAGUGUAUACAGUGUUCUGGCUGCCAUUCUAAAUGUGGGCAACAUUGAAUUUUCUGCAGUGGUAUCUGAACACAUGAUUGACAAGAGCAACAUUUCCAACCCAGUAGCCCUUGAGAAUUGUGCAUCCUUGCUGUGUAUUCAGGCAGAUGAGCUGCAAGAGGCCCUCACCUCUCACUGCGUAGUGACUCGAGGAGAAACAAUUAUUCGUCCCAACACUGUGGAAAAAGCCACUGAUGUCAGAGAUGCAAUGGCCAAGGCUCUCUAUGGGCGCCUGUUCAGCUGGAUAGUCAAUCGCAUCAACACUCUUCUCAAACCUGACAAACAUUUAAGUGGAAGCGAUGAUGGUUUGAACAUUGGAAUUCUUGAUAUCUUUGGCUUUGAGAAUUUCAAGAAGAAUUCUUUUGAACAACUCUGUAUCAACAUUGCCAACGAACAGAUUCAGUUCUACUUCAAUCAACACGUCUUUGCCUGGGAACAGAAUGAGUACCUCUAUGAAGGUGUUGAUGCAAGAGUUAUAGAAUAUGAGGACAACAGGCCGCUCUUAGAUAUGUUCUUGCAGAAACCAAUGGGCUUAUUAUCCCUGCUUGACGAAGAAAGUCGAUUCCCACAAGCAACAGAUCAGACACUUGUAGAAAAAUUUGAGGAUAAUUUGAAGUCAAAGUAUUUCUGGAGACCCAAAAGAGUAGAUUUAACAUUUGGGAUUUAUCAUUAUGCAGGAAAGGUUCUGUAUAAUGCAAGUGGAUUCCUGGCCAAAAAUAGAGAUACUCUGCCAGCUGAUAUUGUGCUGCUCCUGCGAUCAUCUGAAAACAAUCUGAUACGACAGCUGGUAACACAUCCUCUUACAAAAACAGGUAACCUGGCACACAGUAAAAGCAAAACUACAAUCAGUUACCAGAUGUGGACCCCCCAGAAAUCAAUCAGUCGUACAAAGAAUGAAUCUGGAGAUACUGGGCAUCAUCCAAGAGAGACAACCAGUAUGAAAACACAAACAGUUGCUUCUUAUUUCAGAUACUCUCUCAUGGAUUUGUUAUCCAAAAUGGUGGUUGGCCAGCCUCAUUUUGUCCGGUGCAUCAAGCCAAACAAUGACCGGCAGGCAAACAAGUUUGAUAAAGAAAAAGUGCUGGUUCAGCUGCGUUACACAGGAAUUCUGGAGACAGCAAGGAUUCGAAGACAAGGUUAUUCGCACCGCAUACUCUUCGCUAACUUCAUAAAACGGUAUUAUCUCAUCUGUUACAAAACAAAUGAUGAUCCUCCAGUCAGCCCAGAAACCUGUGCUGCCAUCUUGGAAAAAGCCCACCUUGACAACUGGGUUCUUGGAAAAACUAAAGUAUUUCUCAAGUACUAUCAUGUGGAACAGCUGAAUUUAAUGCGAAAAGAGACGGUUGAUAGGAUUAUAUUGAUUCAAGCUUAUGUCAGAGGGUGGCUGGGCUCAAGGAGAUACAAAAAGAUAAAGGAACAAAGGGAACAAAGUGCUAUUAAAAUACAAUCAGCUUACAGGGGUUUUGCUGCUCGUAAAGAAUACCAGAAUGCAAAACACAAUAAAAAAAUUGAAAAAUACAUCAUUAGGCUUCAAGCAAUUGCCAGAGGAUACUUACUCAGGAAAAAGAGAAAAGAACUAACUGAGGCAAGGAAUAAAGCAGCAACAACAAUUCAAUCUCACUACAGGGGAUAUAAGGAGAGGAAGAGCUUCAAAAAGAGGAGGGAAUCACUUAGAAAGAAAGAAACUGAGAAUGCAGCAUCCUCUAGUGAAAAGGACAUAGAACUUCAAGAAAAUGAGGAAUGUACAGCUGGAGUGAAGAGUGCCCUUCCUAAAACAGAAGAAGAAGCAGCUGUUAUUGUUCAAAGCAAUUACAGGGGCUACAGAGCCCGUAAAAAAAUAAAGGAAGAACGCAAAAAAAUAGCAGAGGAAGAAUUAUCUGUUGUGGAAUAUCUUGAAGCACAACUGCAGCCAGCUGAAGAUGUUACAUUGGAAGAAGCAGUGAGUGAGAAGACUCAGGGAGAGGGUGAUGCUGUUAAUGAUAAUGUGUGCACUGGAAGUGGUGACAUAGGAAAUGUACAGGAGCAAGAGGUAAUGUCUACAAAAGAACAGAGAGCUUCUGUGAAGCAGAGGCCUUCAGUAGAGCAAUCUGAUGAAGGUGAAGAACAGGAAUCCUUGAAAGAGCCAUCCAACAAAGCUUCUGUCAGAAUCACAGCUGAACCUGAUCCCCAGCAGGAGCAAGCUAACCAGGACACACUCAGUACAGAUAGGCAAAAUCAAGAAUCUGCUGUGAUCCAGCCUGAGACCAACGAAGAUGUAGAAAGAAACCAUCUGAAACAUGAAGAAAUGAUGCCUAGAGGAUGUAAAGGGAUUGUAAGAAAGGAGUCACUAAGAGGUUCACGAAAGCAAGCUGAAGCAGAAAAACAAAGUUUAGAGGAGAAAGAGAAGGCAGCAGUGGUUAUUCAGAGCAAUUACCGGGGUUACAGAAGGAGAGGACAACUCAGAAAAGAAGGGAAAUUACCUUGCAAAGGUCAAGAGAACACUGCGAAUGAGCCAACAGAAGCAGUACACGUUCAAAAUAAAGAUCCCCACACAAAAAAAAAUAAGGAAAGCAGUGUGAUAGAGGCUGAGGGCUCUAAGACACUGAAGGGAGGAUCUGAAAAAGAGACCUGUGAUUUGGCAGCCUUUUCACGUCAGAUAUCAAAAUUAUCUGAAGACUACUUGGCAUUGCAGCAAAAAUUAAAUGAAAUGAUACUGUCACAUCAGCUGAGACCUGUGAUGAUGUCCAAAGAUAAGCAAACUAACAACCAAUAUUCUUCUCAUGUUUGUCAGUCAGUAGCAGCCAAAGUAGAAGAGACUCGCCCUCUGCAAAGACCCCCAAGGAGGCCGCGGAAGCCCAAGACACUAAAUAACCCUGAGGACUCCACCUACUACACUCUAAUACAUAAAUCAAUACAAGAUGAAAAAAGGAGACCAAGAAAAGAAAGUCUGGGCAAGGUGCUGGAUUUAGAUAUCUACUACCGUGAAAUUUCAUCUACUGGUUCCACCUCAAAGGACAGCAGCACUACCACGAAAAGGAAGAGACAUCCAGUUGAGCGCAGAACUUCAACUUUAAGAGCUACUGAGAGGUCAAGGGUUGCGGAGAGCCCCAUGGAAGAGAGCAGAGCAGAAGAUAAUCCCUAUGACUACCGGAGGCUGCUGCGGAAGACCUCGCAGCGCCGGCGCCUUAUCCAGCAGUUCUAGCCCUGCUGCCAUUUGUUGUUAUUAGCAUCAUCAUCUUUUUUAUCAUUUUAUACCACGUGCUUCCUUUUUUUUUUUUUUUUUUUUUUUUUUAAAUCUCUGACAUGUCAGGUUUACAACAUGUGUGUUCAUGUCAGUACGAAUUACUGUAGUUUACAGCCCAACACCGAUGCAAAGGGACGCCGUCACUCCUGGCAUAUACCCUUAAGAAAAUAAGAAAUCAGGUUUCCUUCAGGUACCACUACUGCAUCUUAAAAUUAUUAAGCAUUAAGCUGCCUAAAUGUAGGUUACCUUCCUCGGUGUGUGUUGUUUUCCUCUCUGCAUUUAAUCACUCUUACCAAAUUAAAAUAGACCGUUUAGUUCAUCAUUUCCUCAUUAAGCCUCCAAAAUCCCAUAGGCACCUCCAGAAAACCUUAGUUAUUGUUUCUAGUAAAUUGUUGUACAGGAAGAAAUAAAUGACAGGGACACCGCAGGGGGAUUUCUAUUUAUUUUAGGUUUAUAAUGCCUAAAUUUUGGGAUAAACUCUAUGUGGUAUGCGUCCCUCUAAUGAAAACAAAUGAUUAGUUGAUAGCAUGCUGUAGCAGUUUAUUUCAUUACUGACUUUGCUGUAAGCCAGUGGUGAGCGAUAAAGGUUAGCACUGCGUGUAGCAUUGGAGAUGUCGGCGGAUGGAAGGACCCAGCUCUCCUCACCCCAUUGCUAACAGAGCCCUUGAAUCGUGUUUGCUUUGUUCUGCUUUGCAUUAGAUUUUUAGGAAUCUUAAUCUCUGGGGUGCCAAGAAAGGAACAGAAAGACGCUCUCCGGUUGAUUGCUGCCUAAAUGUAAUGAUCACUCUUAAUCAGUUCCACUAGAAAUUAAAUGGAAAUAAAGGCGAUAGCCACCGUGUUCAAAAUUUCCCCUGAUUCCUUAUUCACAAGCCCUUAUUUCGCCUUAUUAUGCGGAUAAUUGCCGU